GGGGCUGCGGAGCGGCGGGAUGGAGGAGGAGCUGGCGUGGGAGACGGAUGGCCUGCUUCCUCUGGAGAGGCAGCUCCACGAGGCAGCCCGCUGCAACAACAUGGAGAGGAUGAAGGAGCUGAUUGGGAGGAAAGUUAACAUCAGGGCCAGAAAUCACGUGGGCAGGGUGGCGCUGCACUGGGCCACGGGUGCAGGGCAUGAGCAGGCUGUACGGCUGCUGCUGGAACACGAGGCUGCUGUGGACGACGAGGAUGUGGUAAGGGCCCCUCAGGAGGCAUGCCUGUCUUUUGGGAUGAAUGCGCUUCUCCUGUCUGCCUGGUUUGGCCACUUAGAGAUUCUUCAGAUUCUGGUCAACUCUGGGGCCAAGAUUCACUGUGAGAACAAGGAUGGCCUGAGCUUACUGCACUGCGCAGCCCAAAAAGGCCACGUGCCAGUGCUGGCGUUCAUCAUGGAGGACCUGGAGGAUGUGACUCUGGACCACGCUGACAAGCUGGGGAGGACAGCGUUUCACUUGGCUGCUGAGCACGGGCAGCUGGAUGCUCUGGACUUUCUUGUGGACUCAGGCUGUGACCACAGUGUCAAAGACAAGGAGGGGAAUACAGCCCUUCACAUGGCUGCCAGCAGGGGCCACUUGACUGUGCUGCAGCGGCUCGUGGACAUUGGGCUGGACCUGGAGGAGCAGAAUGUGGAGGGGCUGACUGCCCUGCACGCAGCUGUAGAAGGAAUCCACCCUGACUGUGUGCAGAUCCUCCUCAGGGCUGGGAGCUGCGUGAACACCCUCACCCAGAAAAAGCUGAGCUGCCUUCAUUAUGCAGCUCUCAGCGGCUCUGAGGACGUGGCUCGGGCCCUCAUCCAUGCUGGAGGCUGCACCAAUGUGGCUGAUCAUCAGGGUGCCUCUCCCAUACACCUUGCUGUGAAGCACAACUUCCCGGCUUUGGUUCAGCUUUUCAUCGACACACAGAGUGACCUGGAUGUCAUCGACAAUAGGCAGCAGACGCCCCUCCACCUCGCCGCUGAGCACGCUUGGCAGGAUAUCGCAGAGAUGUUCCUCAUUGCUGGGGUUAACUUAAACCUCAGAGAUAAGCAAGGAAAAACUGCACUGGCAGUGGCCGCCCGCAGCAACCACGUCAGCCUGGUGGACAUGAUCAUAAAAGCUGAGCGCUUCUACCAAUGGCAGAAGGACCAACUCUCAUGCAGGGACCUCAGUGGCCCUUCUGGAAAGAGCUUGACAUUCAAGCAGGACCAUCAGCAGGAGACGAAGCGGUUCCGCUUUGUGCUGUGGCAACUGGCCUCCAUGGACCUGCGGCCCCAUGAAUGGAAGAGGCUUGCAUAUUCCUGGGAGUUCACUGAGGCCCACAUCCACGCCAUUGAGCAACAGUGGACAGGCACCAAAAGCUACAGGGAACAUGGCCAUCGGAUGCUGCUCAUCUGGCUACACGGUGUGGACACAGCUGGCGAGAACCCCAGUAAAGCACUUUUCGAAGGCCUCGUGGCCAUUGGCAGGAGGGACCUGGCUGAAAGCGUCAGAAAGAAAGCAAAUGCAGAUCCCAGUGAUCCCAGGAGGUGCACAGUCAUGUAA